UUCUUUUAGCGAACUUGGAAACGAUAUAAAAAGGAGCGAAUCGAAUCAGACCCACAUCGACAAUGAUGAUCUACAUUCUUCUCCUUUGUGUUGGCAUUGCAUCGGCUGGUGUUGGAAGGUUCCGCCGCGGCGGAUACGGACGCCCCCAAAUGUUCGCUCCACCACUUCCCGACACGGGAUUCCCACAACCACCACCACCACCACCACCACCACCAAUGGGAGGAGGAUAUGGACGCCCAAGCUUCGGUGGAGGCGGAUACGGUGGCCCAAGCAGCUUUACUUCUGUGAAUAUCUACGACCAACCCCAAGGUGGCUAUGGACGACCUAGCGGUUACGGAAGACCAGCAAGCUUCGGUGGAUUCGGACAAGACGGCGGCUUUGGUGGUGGAAGUGAUUUUGGAUCUUUCGGCGGACGAAAGUGAAGAUAUCAUGUUUUUUGCUAUGCACGGGUAAUCAGCGAAAUUGACGUUCCCC